AGCCGUUUUGGCUCAGGCAUCAAAGAACAUGUCGGCCCUGGGGCGGAUGCGGUGUCUUCCAGCGCGCCGCGGCCCCGCGCGUGCGUGAGCGGCCCCGCCUGCGAGUGGCCUGCGGCGCGGAUGGAGCACGCCAGACGGUCCAGAGCCUCCGGGCCGGGACCAGACAGUCCUCCGACCAGCCCGCGGGGAGACGGGGCGGCGCGCCGACGCUCCCCGGCCACUGGGUCCCCGACGAGCAGUCCUCCGGCCAGUCCGCGGGGAGACGGGGCGGCGCGCCGACGCUCCCGGUCCUCUGGAUCAUCCAGAUCCCCGACCAUCAGUCCUCCGGCCAGUCCGGGGGCAGGCAGGGCGGCGCACCGGUCCCGGGCCGCCGGGUUCCCGACCCAGGGAGCAGAUCGACGCUUCUCCAUGGCCUCUGAGUCCCCGUCUCCGCCAGCAGAUCGCCACUCCAGGGCUUCCAGAAAUCGGAGGGGCUCGAGGCUGUCCUACGCCACUAUGGCGGAGUCGUGGGUAGAUGCAAGGGACAGCCGGCUUAUCUUUGAUCAUACCGGCGGCUUGGCUAGCCUAGGCCUAGAACAUCUGGACUUGAAGAACCUACCAGGCGGCGUCAAAUCUUCUCCUUCGGAGAAGUCGGACUCCGACCCCGAUGACCGACGAAUUGGCGCGAUUCUCUGGGCUAGAGGCAUCCAAGCGCGACGGCGCAGCAAAAUCUUGCUGCAGCGAUUUGUGGACUCGUGGCCCAUGCAGAUUUUGUUUGGUGUCGUGGCCGUGAUGAACGGCGCGAGUUAUUGGAUUCCUACCGGGGAGCACGUGCCCAGCGAGCAGGUGUAUUUUGCUGCGUGCACUCUCCUCCUGCUCUUCUUGAUCACCAUGUGCGAGCUGCUGAUCCGAGUUGCAGCGCAGGGUGGCCCCCUUCACCAGGGCAGUUCUUGGCUGCGCUUUUUUUCGUUAUCUCUGGAGGUGCUAGUCAUUUGCGUUUUCUUGUACUGGCUCUGGGUCUGUGUGGUUGACCCCUUCAGGCGGACAAGACAGGGUGGCACCAUGAGCCGUGACGGCUUCAGAGCGAAUCUGUUCAGCGUCAAUGUGGUCGCGUGGGUUCGCUUCCAGCGCUUCUGGGGCAUAUGCUUCAACAUCACCGUAGAGGAGGAGGAGAAGCGGCGUCGGGCGCGGCGGGGCAGAGAUCGCUACCUGUGGAAGCAAGAGCAUGAGGAGAAGAUUGCGCUGCGCAACAAAGAGCGCCUUGCCCGCAUGGAGGCAUUCCUUGACAGCGUCAUCGUGCAGCUCUUGAUAGCACUCUGGAUAAUUGGCCAGGCCUUCCUCGUCACACUCUCGCGCACGGUGAGGGCGCUGGAGAUGUUCUAUGGGACCACGAAGUUCACUGGGUAUGCCCUCGCGGCCCUGUACGCGUUCGAGUUCAUGAUCCGCUGCACUGUGCAGGGUGGGUUCGAGCAGUUUGUGUCCCCUACAGUGCACAAGGUCGAGAUCGUGACCGCCAUGUCGGGGCUCUACUUCUUAAUCCAAACGAAUUGGAACCACGACGCGCUCUUGAAAUCUGGCGAGAAGCUUAGCGCACAGGCGAUAUGUGCGGGGCUGCUGCUACUCGUUCACAGGGGCAUCCGUGCGUUCGAGAUCCUUCACGACCUGUCUGCCGCGGACACUGCCACGGAGAAUUUCACUGACGCCAUCAUGAGGAAUAGAUUCAUGGCUUUCGCUGGUGACCUCCUCAGGGUGGCGCCCGAGAAUGUGUUUGUCAGAUUCCAGAUGCCCUCUGACCUCACUGUGCGCCUUCACAAGGCCGAGCUGAACGGGGAGGUGCUGCAGAGUCUGCACUUGCCCAUCGCGCUGCGGGGUGGUCUAGUAGAGGAACUCCACUUGAGCAUGAAGUUCAGCUGGAAAGGAACUUCGGAGGCGAGUCUCAAAGUGGAGAACGCUGUCUUGCUAUUGGCGCCAGGGGAUGGCCUUGCAGAGGCAGAAGAUUCAAACCGUCCGAGUUGCUAUUGGACCCCGGAUAUUGUUCGGGAAGCAAAGUCGAAUUUGGUCGAGAUCAUAUGCGAGCGCCUGACGCCUUCGCCAGAGAGUGAUAAAGGUAUCGACGAGGCACAGGGAGCGUCCCGCAUUGGGGGGUUGCUCUCUGCAUCGAACUACUUCGCGAACAUUCGGAAAAGGUUUGCUAGUGGAAUUUUAGAUAGCAUGCUUAAGAAUCUGACGGUGGAUAUCAAGAAUGUUCGGGUUCAGAUGGAUGACAGCCACGGUGCCUUGGGGCUCCAUCACCUUACCUUGGGCGCCAAGGUGGGCUCCAUUAAACUCGAGCGGCGGCAAGGUACGGGCAGCAUGCACCGACUUGGGAUCUUCGUCCAGACUCAACCAACAGAAAAGGCGGAGUUCGAGUUCUCCGAGUUCUCGAGCUUUGAGUCGAUGGCCGAAGCUUUGGCCAAUCGUCUGCGGCAGCACACGGACAUCGAUUUAAUCAGGUCGCACACUUCUUCGACCUACUCGAGACGUCGGCGCAGGUCUGCGAUAUGGUUCUCGAAGCCGAGCUCGAAACGAACAUCGGCAGCUUCAAGCACGAGGCGAAGUUUGAGAAGCUCACUCGGGCUUGUGUUCGACGACAACCCGUCCCUGCGAUCCCACAUCCCACCGCUGUACAGUUUGAUCGACAGGCCCAAGCUCGCGCUGGCAGAGCUGGUGAGACAGAACCACCUCGAGCGAUGGCGCGUGUGGGCGCUUGAGGGGCUGGAGAAGCGGAUGCCCUCCACUGACAAGCAGAGGCACGCUCGGCGCCAGCGGUUUCCAGAGAGGCAUCUUGUGUUCUCGCUGCUCAGGGUGGAGCUGGAGUGCGGAGCAGAAGCAGUUCACGCGGGAGGCCUCACACCCAGGGGGUCCGACUCCGACCCGGCAUCAACGAGAGCAGAGACACCGACGCAAAAGUCGCAAAGGAUUCCUCGCUCGGAUACAUUCUUCAGUCGCGGCAAGGCAAGGGCGGGGGAGGCCCUGAUGCCUAAGAAGUGGAAGUGGUCGGUGAACGUCCCUGACCCAGUGCGCCUCAAUGUGACUGAAGAUCAGGUACACGCUGUUCGAAAGGUGAUCUCUAGUGUCAGGUCUUGGCUGAUCCACGACAGUGCGAUGAAGUGGUGGCCGGGUCUCCGGCUGUGCGACCUCCAGGACUACCCCCGGCGGGGCCUGGUGCGCUACACCGUGGUUCGCAUGUGGUGGAUCUACGCGGUCCAUCGAGUGUUGGCGCGCAGGCAAAAGCAGGCAAAGAGCAUGAUGAUGGAUGCCAUGUGGCAGGGCAUGAUUCUCUCGCGGUACAAGGAGCUCCUGCGAGACAUGGCCCACUGCAGGCGGCCGCACGGAGGCUCGGUGCCCAACGCCUCCCUGAAGGCGUUCCAGCCGUACAAGGCAGAGAGCAGGCAGGUGAAGGAGCUCCAGCUGCUCCUGCCCCUCGAGGACAUUUGGAUGCAGCGCCGCCAGGCAAUCAGCAAGGCACCACCCUCAGCAUCCCGUCGUGGCUCUUCUAGAUUAUUGUCAGCGUCGCAGGUUGGGUCUUACCAGCCUUUGCAAAGUGCCCUGCGUCAGUCGAUGCAGCGCCUGUGUCGGACGACCUACGGGCAGGAGGCGGCGGCAGGCGAUCUCGAUCCCGAGGUUGGGCGCGAUCUCGAGGAUGACCCGGACCCGGCGACGAGCGCCACGAGAUUGUCAGCUCCUCCGCGCACCUUGCAGCGACAGUCAAGUUCAGCAUUCCUGGGGGCGGUGGAGCAAGAAUCGAACAUUUUCGCGCUCAGCCGCUUUGUGGGCCAUUGGGAGCUGAACGUGCCUGCUGUCGAGCUGCUGGUCCUCACUGGGAAGAGGGCGAGAACCAGGCUGCUCCAUGGAAAGAUUCACACCGGCGUGUGCGGGGACGCCCACGUGCUGGGAGGGCAGGAGUUCGUCACGCCGCUGAGCUUCGCUGGCGCAAGCAGGCAGGCCACGGGCAUCCUGGAGCACAGCCCGUCUUUUGGAGCCGGCAUGGAGAAGGAGGGCCGUCAGAGGGCCUGCCUGCUCGCCCUUUCGGUCGACGGCUUCGUGCUCACCAGCCCGGACAAGCUCAGCGACUUCCGCAACACGCCGCUACCGGGCGAGGACAUCAGGGACAUGCUGCACGGGGCACCACCGGAGGUGGUCCGCGUGGUGCAGCCGGUGCGGCUGGGGACCCCCGCGAGCGUUGGCCUGGAGGCCGCGCGGGCGACGGGGCGGAGGACAAGCGGGAGCAUCUCCUUCGCAGUCUUCGCGUCCCUGAACCCAGGCGUGGGUGGGGAGUGCGAGGUGCACCUGGCUGACCUGGACGUGGUGGCAAGCGACCGGCUGUUGGAGAGGAUGUGGACUUUCGCGGGUUUCGCGAGACUGGCGGGGAGGUAUGGUGAAGCUGGCGUCCCGCCAACGAGCUCAAAGUUCUUUCGCUCUCGCGCAAGAGGGUUCGACAGCACCCAGUCGAAUUUCACGACCCGCAGCACGACAGGAGGGAUCUUUCGGCACUUUACGUCCUUCUCCACGGGGAUCUCCUCGGUCGGAGUCGACGUCGGAAGGCACGCCGAGUUCGACGACGACGACGAUGACGACGACGACCUCGACGAUGCCGAGCAGGGGUUCGCGAAGGUCACGAGGAUAUACCAGGAGGACCUCACCGUGGGCCAGCUGCGUCGCAAUCAGAUGCUAUACGAGCAUGCUACCAAGUUGGCAGGGCUGCAUGGGGACAUCGACGUCUGCUACAAUGUCGGUGCGAUCCAUAUGGUGAAUGUGUCUCAGUACUCCCCGGCGAGCUUGUGCGUCUUUCAGGUGCGGAUGUGCCCGUUCACCUUCCGCGACAGAGAGGACAAGGUCGCGUGCAGCGCCGCAAAGUGCGGCAGCGAACACAGUAAGGUCAGCCUGGAGUUCAAUGGCUUCGCAGAGGCCCAGUGCCACGCCGAGGAGGGCCGGCGGCCUGGCGCAGGCUCCAGAACCUGCCCUGGCUGCGGCAACCUCUGGGCCCACUGCUGCUGCGACGCCAGCCUCUUCGACCUCAGCGAUCGAGGUGUCGACCGCUUCGGCUUCCUCGACCUCAGCGGACCGCCGCCGCGCGAGGCCGGCGCCACGCUGGGCCUCGAGGCGCGGCGCCCGCGCGGGGACGGGGAGCUCGGCCUCGGCGGGCCCGGGGACGUCCCGCGGCGGUGGGGCCACGAGCGAGCCGAGACGUGCGCGGUCAAGUCUCCGUCUUGCCCUGGGAGCUGCUGUCGGCGCCGGCCUGCUGGGUUCCCGUGCAGGCUGCCGAGUGGAGGGCCGAGCUCGAGGCCGGGUCGGCCGAGGUGCCACGGGCCUCGGCGUGCGCGGCAGGCCCGUCGACCUCCACGGGCACGGGGGCCGAAUUGUUCGGCGACGCUCCUGCAGGGCGCGCUGAGCGCACGGUGGCUAUCUGAUCUAGGCGCCGGUUCUCACAUUCUCAGUCUUGGAGAUCUGGUGCUCUGCCUGGCUGCUGGCAGCAUCAGGGCACAUGUGCCGGGCCGCUCCAGUUUCGACGGCACUUCGUGGGCUUCCUGUCGUCGGGAGCAGUGGCAGGGUAUAGGGGGCAUGGAUGUGGGCUUGUGGAGGUUGAAAGGGAUAGGCCUUGCCAGGCGGCCGCAACCGCAACCCGCCCAGGCCAGACGGCAGAACCGUCCGGGCGCUUUUCCCCGGGCGGGGCGCGUGGUGCUGGCCUCCGUGCAUUGAGCGGCAGGCAGGAGCAAUCGACAUCGUAAUUCCUGACAGGCGUGCCUUGAGCACCAGAGGGUUCUCGUGCGUCUUCGAACACCUGUGUGCUGGAGCGUUUCGGAUACCGCUGCUCGUUCACAGAUUUUGAGCCGCGCGCGCGGGGACACCCACGCGUGGCCGGCACGGUCUUAUCUGACCGCGCUGCCGGGCGCGUGGUGGUGGUGGUGGAAUGCUUCCGACAGGCGCGCGCGAGUGGCCCAAUUGGUUGCGUGCGACAGACUGGCUAACAGCCGAUGGUUUUCUUAUGAUUUCGGCGAGUGCACAUUACGUGUCAAGACGUGGCAGAUACGCGCAAGGAUACGGAGCAAGCUUGCGGACCUCCUCGAGCGUUCAAAUUGCAGGGGUGGGAGUGCUCCGAAGUAGGCUAUAAUGUAUAGUAUGUUGGCUUCUUGGCUGCUGAUUCAUUGCCAAGUCCUCCGCGACACGCGCAUAUCAUUUGCACUCUGCUGUAGCGAUCUUCGCGGGCAGCCGCCACACGUGGGCCUCCUGCCUCGAUCGUAAGUGCGCGUGUCUUGUGUCAGCGAUAGUGUAACCUUUCACCCAUUUACUGCACUGUCAUUUGCACUCGUCUGUUGCGGCCUUCACAGGCAGUCUUCACACGAGGGAUUCCUGCCUCGACCGCAAGUGCGCGUGUCUUGUUUCAGCGAUCGUGUAACCUGCCACCCACUUAUUGCACUGCCACAAAGCCGUCACAGCC